AUGGCACGAAGCACAACAGAAGAUUAUACAAGGUCCAGUGACAAACGAGAACGCAGCUCAAGCAGAAGCACAAAUGUUCCUUUACAUUUUGCAAUUCACAAGCCCGGCUGCCAUUUUGAGAGCUGCUGUGGAAUUUGUAACUUAUUUCCAGGAGUGCUACUAAUUGCCUUUUGCCAAGUAUUAGUUGGCACCGUCCUACUGACCCUCAUCUUGACCCAUGGGAAGCAAUAUGAUGAUAUGCACCAGACUUCGAAAACUCAAUUCAUGAGUGUCGCUUCCGGUGCAAUUCUGAGUGGUAUUACUGGAGCCGGUUUGCUCCUCAUCAUUGUGGCUCUAACCGAAAACUGCCGAGCUAUGUUGAUUUACCUUCUAGUUGCAGCUAUCGUCUGGAUGGGUAUCAUAGCAUUGGCCGUGACUAAAAUCACUCGUUCCUGUGUACGAUUUAAAGACGCACCGAAAAUCAAAGAUGAAGAGCAUAGACUGGCAAACCUAGCCUGCGUCAGUGGCCUAUUCACCUUCCUUGGAGCAGUACUAUAUUUCUUCUCGUUCAUAAUAGUGCUUAGUUUCUAUCAUUUUCGCUACGUGAGGAGAGCUAUAUUAAUGCACGAAGCUUUGUGCGAAUGA